AUGCUUGGUCAGAAGCAGUAUCAACAAUCCUUGUCCGUCGAUCAUAUAGUUCGAGAAGGUGAGACUAUUGGCUCUAGUGCUUACUCACGUCGGCCAGGUGGCAAGGGGGCCAAUGCCGCGGUGGCUCUUGCGAAAGCCGGCGUCCCGGUCUCCCUGGUCGGCUUGAUUGGACAAGACGCAAUGUGGCUCAAGGAUUCUAUCAAAGGACACGGCGUAAAUGUUGAUCAGUUAAUGGCAAUUUCGGAGCUCCCCACCGGUCGGGCUAUCAUUCAAGUUUCUCAGACUGGCGAAAACUCAAUUGUACUUGUUCAUGGAGCCAAUCACGCUCCCUCCAAUGCCUGGCCACCCUUAACAGUCGAUCGUAGGGUAUUUAGCCAUUUACUCCUACAGAACGAAAUCCCAUUAUCCGAGACUUGUGCAGCAUUGAAGGCAGCCAAGAAAUAUGACGUCUGUACAAUUUUCAACCCUUCGCCUCUUCCAUCGAAAUCAGAAAUUCAAAACGUGAUACCCUGGAGUACAGUAGAUUGGUUGAUUGUCAAUCAAGAAGAAGCUCGAGCGCUCACAAAAGCUACUCGACCAGAUCAUCAAGCGGAUGUCGAUAUCAAGAUCGAAUCUGGUCAAGCAGGAGUCGUAAUGACACUGGGAGCGAAUGGUUGUCAGGUUGGAUUCCGAGCCAAGUCUGGUGAGAAGUCUUGGACAGUUUUUAGCUCAUUAGCUAGUAAAGGUACACGACCGGUAGUUGACACCACUGGUGCUGGAGAUUGCUUCACAGCUUAUUUCAUUGCUCAACUGAUGACUAUGGAAAUUGAAAAGCGGUUAAAGCUAGAAGAUGUUAAACGGGCCACUUCACUAGCAGGCAAAGCAGCAAGGAUUUGUGUGGAGAAAGAGGGUACUAUUGAUAGUUAUCCAACUUUGAAAGAAGUCAUGUCUAUAACUGAUUAA